UGUGUCGUUUCAAACCCAACCAAACCCAACAAAAGCAGGUGACAAACGGCCAUAAAUCUCUGAACCUAAUCUUCCCUUCUGCACCACCAGUUCUUACUCCCUCGUCGUGUCAACUCCAUAUUUUCAUAAAAAAAUCAAAAAAAAUGCCCAGAAAAAUAUUAACAGUAAAAUCAUCAUCAAAUUAAUUUGACAAAUGGAAUCAAGAAGACUAGCAAUUCUCUGUUCUCAUCUUCGUCCACAAAAAAGACCAGAUUUUUCAUGGGUUUCAGCUUCAAAUUGUGUUUCUAAUGGUUGUGUUGAUGAUGAUAAGAAGAAAAGUAUUAAAGAAAUAGAGAAGGAGAAAGAGGAAAAAGAUUGUAUUUUUUGUAAGAUUAUUCGUGGUGAAGCCCCUGCAUUCAAGCUUUACGAGGAUGACGUAUGCUUGUGCAUAUUGGAUUUGAAUCCUCUGAAUCAUGGGCACUCCCUUGUCAUUCCAAAAUCUCAUUAUACAUCCUUGGAAGCUACUCCACCCUCUGUUGUAGCCUCCAUGAGUUCUAAAAUACCAUUUAUGAGCAGUGCAAUUAUGAAAGCAACUCAUUGUGACUCAUUCAACUUGCUGGUUAAUAGUGGUUCAGCAGCAGGACAAGUAAUAUUUCAUCAGACGCAUCUCCAUAUAAUUCCUCGUAAAGCAAGUGACCACUUGUGGACAUCCAAGGGAAUUAAGCGGCUGCCCUUAAAACUAGACCAAGAAACAACUGAUCUCAUUGACAGCAUUCGAGAACAAUUGUCAUCCAAGAACCACAGCUCUGAAGAAAAAACUGCUUCAUAAGGACCUUGAUUUGCAUUUUGAGAAUUGAUGGGAUCUCACUGGACCUGUUUGUUGUAUCUUAUGUCUAUUAUUGUACUAGAACUAAGUAGAGUUGCUUCUUGUAAUACAUUCAAUUACAGAUUGUAGAAUGUACAGAAGAUUCAAUAUUCUUAGGUGGUGUUUGUUUCCUUUAAUGAAAAUUGUGUCACCCUUGUUUGAAUGUUCUCUGUCUCUGGGAAGAGUUAGAAUUUCCAAAAAUUGAAAUCGGGUUCAAAUGUAGAAAUAUUCUGUAUGAGAGUCAUGGAUAAUUUUGCUACAUAAUUCUAGCCUUUUAGAUAAUGGGUAAUGCAUGAGGAUUUCAACA